AUGUCGGCGGUAAUGAUUACCAAAAAGGUGACCCGAAAAUGGGAGAAGCUACCUGGAAAGAACACUUUCUGCUGUGAUGGACGAGUAAUGAUGGCCCGCCAGAAGGGAGUUUUUUACCUCACCCUGUUCCUCAUCGUCGGCACCUGCUCCCUCUUCUUUGCUUUUGAGUGUCCAUACCUGGCUGUUCACCUCUCUGCAGCCAUCCCGGUCUUCGCCGCGAUUCUCUUCCUCUUCGUCAUAGCCAUGCUGCUGAGGACGAGCUUCAGUGACCCCGGGGUGCUGCCUCGUGCCCUGCCUGAGGAGGCCAACUUCAUCGAGAUGGAGAUUGAGGCAGCCAAUGGCAACGUGCCAGCUGGGCAGCGCCCUCCUCCCCGCAUCAAGAACGUGCAGAUCAACAACCAGAUCGUCAAGCUGAAGUACUGCUACACCUGCAAGAUCUUCCGGCCUCCUCGUGCUUCUCACUGCAGCAUCUGUGACAACUGUGUGGAUCGCUUUGACCAUCACUGCCCAUGGGUUGGAAACUGUGUAGGGAAAAGGAACUACCGGUACUUCUACCUGUUCACGCUGUCUCUCUCUCUCCUUACCAUCUACAUCUUUACUUUUGACAUCGUCCAUGUUGUACUACGAUCGGUGGACUCUGGAUUCGUGAACACUCUUAAAGAAACUCCCGGAACUGUUAUUGAAGUUUUAAUUUGUUUCUUCACACUCUGGUCUGUGGUGGGACUGACCGGCUUCCAUACCUACCUGAUCUCCCUGAACCAAACCACCAACGAAGACAUUAAAGGCUCAUGGUCUGGGAAGAACCGCCUCCAGAAUCCUUACAGUCACAAGAACCUCAUUAAGAACUGCUGUGAGGUGCUCUGCGGCCCCACUUACCCAAGUGUAUUGGACAGAAGGGGGUUGCUAUCUGAAGAACCUGCUUCUUCUAAUGCUGCUGCCACCACAAAUAACCCAGUUCUACCCAAAACAAAAACCACAUCUCCUCUGAUCCCUAACGAACACACUCCUGAUGAGGCCAAGCCCGGUAUUGCAGCUGCCGCUCAGAAGACCACGUCCAGCUCGACCAAAGACGAGAAACCAUCCAGCCCGGAAAAGCCUCCCUCUAAAGCCAGUCCUACUGUCAUCAAAGAAUCAGCCCACUAGGGUUCUCCUGCAGAUCACUAUUUUUAGGAGAAGUGAACAUUUUAACAGUAUGAUGGACCACAUGCUGUAAGACUCUAAGACUAAUCAGCGUCCAUGUGGAAUUGAAGGUCUAAUUAAAGUGCUGCCUGACUUCAGAACUAAGGAUUUUGAAGGCACCCACCAUGGCGCUUGCUCUUUCUUCAAAACACUGCAUGAGAAAAACACCUAUAAGGAAAAACAUCAACACGAACUAUGUUGAACUAUGUUGAUGCUUCCUGCACUAAUUUCCUUUAAGUGGCGUUUCUGAAUGGCUCGUCUAUGUUUCAUCUGUAAACAACUGAUGCAUACAAUUGUUCAACAGGUCCUAUGCAACACAAAACACAAUACAGAGUAUUGAAGUCCUACAGAAAUCAACAACCUGGACACCAAAAGAAUGAACUAAACUGCGCUUUGGCCUAGAUCAUGCCAACAUAGCAACCCAUCAUGGUCAUUCGUAUUAGAUUCUAAGGUCUGUGAGCCUUUGUACUGCUUUGGUUUUCCAAAAUGUUGUUCAAUGAGUGGCGCUUCACCAAGAAUUACGAUCAGCAUGAAGUAUAUACAAAUGUAUCAGGUGAAUCUGUGCUAAAAGAGAAAGAAGAGUGGUGCUUGUGUGUUUGUAAGGAUCAGCGUAGUGUACGAAGGGCCCGUUGUUGACAGACACUAGUAACAGUGCCUUAUCUGAAAGCUGCACUCUCAGACGAGGCCAUUUCAAUCUCAAUCUCAGUUUCAUUACAACAUCCACAUCAUAUAUGGGUAUUAAAUGUGUUUUUAAAUAGGACGCUAAGCAAAAAUCAUAACGUUGAGAAAACAAGCCAUGGUGUACGUGUACAUAGUGUAAAACUGUUCAAAAUAUGUGUGGAAGAAUUAGCCUCCAUUGCUUGGUGAGCAUGCUCCGUCCUGCUUCAACAGACCACACAGGGCCGGUCCUGGAACCGCCACAUUGUCAGUAGAAUCGUUUUUUGGGUGACUGCAGGAAAGUAGGGUAUAAAGCAGUACUUCUUAACCCUUUAACAGCUGGAGCAUAACAGCAGGCAACAGUACACCAAUAUGUGUAUGCAUAUAUUGGAAAGAUUGGCCCAUGGUAUAGACGUCUGGGCUGCACCAAACGUCUGUAAUGUUUAUAAGGUUAAGAAUUUACUCUUAUAAUCUUUAGCUAUUGUGAAGACAGUGUAUACAUCUGGAUUCAACCAAGUCAAGUAAAAAAAGUCAUCCAAGUCAAAAUAAUAGACUGGAAAUCCAGCUGCUGAUCAGACUACACACCAGUGUGGAUGAAUUUUGGACCAUUACGUGAUUUCUGCUGUUAACAGCCUUUUUUAGGUCCAUGCUGUAGCAUAUUUUAUGUAUUUUUAAACCAUUCUGUCAUUGAUUUUUGGGUCAUUGCAUUGUCAUUGUGAUCCUAAGAUAACAAAGCACCACAAACCUAUAAUACUUCAAAAGUUUGGUGUUGGUGCUUUUUUCCCUCAGACAAGUUUAGCUUUUACUUCACGUGUCAACAUACCAUAGUGGUGGAUCUAUCAUAUGAUGUUCUGCAAAUCAGUGGUUUAUCCGUCUUGUCUGUAUAUGUCUUCACCGCAUAUCUCAGCUUAUUUGGAAGCUGGGGUCAGAGCGCAGGGCAGCCAUUGCUCAAAGCAAACAGUGGGUGCAUGGCAGAGCCAGGAAUCAAUUUGGUAACCCACAGCCCUGUCCAAUAAGCUACCACUGUCCCUUUAAUAACAAAGCACCUCCAAAUGAUAAUGUGCCCUCCACCAUGCUUCACAGUUAGGAUGAUACUUUGGUGUUGGUGCUUCCUCUCAUAAAAAAGUUUAACUUUUAUUUCACAUGUCCACAUACCACAGAACAUUGAUCCAGAACAUGGUAGAUCUAUCUUAUGGUAUUCUGCCAACUCAGAACAAGCGAAUCAGUGGUUUUAUCCAUCUUGUCUGUAUUCAAAUUUAUAAACAUGACCAAGUUUUAGACAUUCCUGCAUCAUUAUUCCAUGUUGUGCUCUUUCUGUACUCAUUUUAAUACUCUUACUUCUAGAAAGAGUCACUACAAUCCUGAUUUUAUUUCUCGUAGGCAACAGUGUGGAUGAAUUUGGACCAAUUUGGGAUUUUUUGCAUGGUAACCAUUUAGUAACCAUUCUGUCUUUGAUUUUAGUUGUUUUGAGUCAUUGCCUUGUCAUUGACUGUUCAGAACAUGUUUCUUCAAAAAGUGUCAGCAGGUCAUGUCCUGAGAUAAUAAUAAUCUAGGGGGCAGACCUUUAUUUAUUAUAUAUACAUAGACACAUGCUUUAUUCACAUAUCUCUUAUCUCGCUUAUUUGGAAGCUGUGGUCAGAGUGCAGAAGUAGCCAUUGCUCAAGCCAAACAGUGGCUGCAUGGCAGAGCCAGGAUUCGAUUUGGUAACCCAUAGCUCUGUCCAAUAGGCUACCACUGUCCCUUUAAUAACAAAGCACCCCCAAAUUAUAAUGCGCCCUCCACCAUGCUUCACAGUUGGGAUUUUGGUGUUGGUGCCCGCCCCCCCCCCCCCCCCCCCAAACAACAUUGUGCUCUUUCUGUAUACAUUUUAGUACCAUUACAAUCACUACAAUCAAAAUUUUUGUCUUGCAGGCAACAGUGUGGAUGAAUUUUAGACAAUUUGUGAUUUUUUUGCAUGGUAAACAUUUGGUAACCAGUCUGUCCAUUGAUUUUACUUUUUUACUUUUUUUACUAUUUUGGGUCAUUUGAGUUGGUAACCCACAGCUCUGUCCACUAGGCUACCACUGCCCCUUUAAUAACAAAGCAUCUCCAAAUUUUAAUGCGCCCUCCACCAUUAUUAUUAUUAUUAUUAUUAUUAUUAUUAUUAUAUGUUUUGCAAAUUUAAAGAAAAUCAGUGGUUUUAUCCAUCUUGUCUACAUACUGGAGUCACUGCAGUCCUGAUUUUGUUCCUGUUAUACUGCAGAUUAUACCACCAACACCCAGGUUAUAUAAAGGUCUUAAAAACUGAUUCAAACUAACACUAGGGUUACGUAAACAUAUCUUUGCUUGAAAGAGAAUGCUCUUUUUAGGGUAGGGCACCUCUACAAGCUACGCUUUCUGUCUAAUCCCAAUAUUUAAAACACCAGUCAUAUUUCUGACUAGAUUAUUACUCAAUAAAUAACUAUUAAUAACUAUUUAAUAAAUAUUAUUAUAUGCAGAAUGGAUGUCUAUUAUUAUGACUUGGAUAAAGAUAAAAACAUGUAUAAGUAACUAAUCCAGAAAAAAGGUCAUUUUAAAGGUUCCAAACAUUUUUAAAUCACAACUAGAUAAUUCAGGAUCAAUAUGGUGUGUUUACACUGAUUUCGACAGAUAAACUGAAGGAAAAUAAUAUGCAAAAUAAUAUUUGAUGAUCAUAUUUAGUCCAUGCUUUCUGUAGUCUGUGAGGGUGUCUUUUGUUUUUUGGUGCAUUUUCCUUGUUGUCAGGUAGACUAGGCACCUCUGCGUAUGCUUAAGCAAAUGCUAAGUAAAAGGAUGUACAGUGUAGAGUGAGGAAUGACAUUUACUGCAUUUAGUGUCUCCAAAUCUGUGCAAUAUGUUUUAUUAAAUCAUUAUUCAUUUUUUAUAGGGAAGAAGUGUAAUUUAUAUGUAAUUCCACUCAUUGUUCUUCUGACCACUAUGAUGAAGUGUUGAAUUAAAAAGGAGAACGUGUUCAAUCAGUACAGUAUUUGUGUAUUUAGUGGAAUAAUUCGGUUGUAAAAUGUGAAAUAAUAUAAUAAUAAUAAUUUUAGCUUUAUCUUUAUUCUGAACGUACAGACACAUACACCGAACAGGCAUAACAUUAUGACCACCUUCCUAAUAUUGUGUUGCUGCCCUAUACACAACAAACUGUGAUGCACUGUGUAUUCUGACACCUUUCUAUCAGAACCAGCAUUAACUUCUUCAGCAAUUUGAGCUACAGUAGCUCGUCCCCAUGAGCAUCAAUGAGCCUUGGCCGCCCAUGACCCUGUCGCCGGUUUACCACUGUUCCUUUCUUGGACCACUUUUGAUAGAUACUGACCACUGCAGAAGAGCCACAGUUUUGGAGAUGCUCAGACCCAGUUGUCUAGCCAUCACAAUUUGGCCCUUGUCAAACUCACUCAGAUCCUUAUGUUUGUCCAUUUUCCUGCUUCUAACACAUCAGCUUUGAGGAUAAAAUGUUCUUUUGCUGCCUAAUAUAUUCCAGGUACCGUGAUUAAGAGAUAAUCAGUGUUAUUCACUUCACCUGUCAGUGGUCAUAAUGUUAUUCAUAGUCGAUGUGUAGUGAGUGGUGUAUGGACUGCUUGUAGGAAAUGCUUAUGGUUGUGUGAGUACUUUUUAAUAGUAAUACACCAUAUCUGGUUGGUAGGCAUUAAAUGAAGAGUUUAUCUGUAGCUUUAGGAGUAUUUGCCACAACAGGCAAAAUUUGGUUGUAUUUUAGUUAACAAAUUUGACUAGCAAUAGAAAAUAGCACCCACAGAACUGAAUUGGCAAACUUAGAGAUAUUUGAUGUGGUUGUGCAAAUUUUUUUUUUAGCUUUGUUUACAGAUAUGCUGUAAAAAUAGAUAUUCCUAUCAGAUUAGCAUGUUUUAUGGUGAGUAUGAUGCUGUGAACUGUUGUAUGAAGGAUUCUGGUUGUUUAAUGAUUAGACCUACAGUGCAAAAAUAAUCAACCUUACAAAAUACAAUCUGAUUCAAUCUAUAAAUAAUCCUAAUGUCAUUGUAGGAAAUAAAGUCAUUGUCAGGGAUGUAUUGAAUAUAUACGUUUACAUUGUAAUGUGUAUACAAUAUAAAGCAUCACAUGUGAAUUAUGUUCAUGUUUACUUUGUGUUAAUAGCUUUGUGAUUAUUUCAUACUUUGAAUUAUUUUCCAUGCUGGAUUGGUGUGUAUGAAUGUACAUCCAAUAAA